CCUGGCGGCGGUGAGAUGGAGGCGAAGGACGACGGAAGUCAGAACCAGAUCCAGCCAGAUGCACAUCUGUUGUUUUACACCAGAGGGAGCAAUGCAUUGAACUGGGCUCAGUCUGCGGAGAGAGAAGAAGAAGAACCUUGGCCGCUGGGCGGCGCUGCAGCCUGUAUGACCGGAAGCAGAUACGUUCGCCUUUCCGGUUCCGGUUCGUUCACAGUGUUUUGUUGUGUUUGUGGUCUCCAGAGUCCUCCUUCCGGUCUACCGUCUCAUUGUUAUUUUCUAGCCGCUCAGAUGUAUCGAGCACCGGUCAGACCUCAGCGGAGUCCCGGAGCCCCCCGGCCUGCUGGAAGGUUUCCCUCCCCGGCCUCCUCCUGGGGUUUCCCUGGGGAUCGCUCCCCCUACGGAGGCUCCGGACACCGCGGAGGAUCUCCCCGGGGCUGCCCUGCUUACUCUCCGGUUUCUCCAGUCUACUCUCCGGAUUCUAACCAGGGAUACAGAGACGGCGGCGGUUCCCGGGGAUUCGGUGACUCUCCAUCCGGGUUCGGCGGCGGGUUCGGAGGGCACAUGCGGCACAGAGGAUGUGGUUUCCGGCGGCCUCAGUCCUUCAGUCCCGCCUCAGCUCAAAACUUCCAGUGUGGGGUGGAGAAAUAUUUUAGCCCGUCGAUGCUGCAGGAUCCCUGGGCAGCUCUGCAGCCCGUCGCAGGCACUCAUGCAGCCAGACAGAUAUCCUGACGGGGAACAACAAACAAACAAUGAUAAACAACAACAGACUCAUCAGCCGUAAAGAACAACAGACUCACCCGCAGUAAACAACAACAGAUCCAUCAGCAGUAAACAACAACAGACUCAUCAACAGUAAACAACAACAGACUCAUCCGCAGUAAACAACAACAGAUCCAUCAGCAGUAAACAACAACAGACUCAUCCGCAGUAAACAACAGAUCCAUCAGCAGUAAACAACAGAAUCAUCAGCAGUAAACAACAACAGACUCAUCCGCAGUAAACAACAGAUCCAUCAGCAGUAAACAACAGACUCAUCAACAGUAAACAACAGACUCAUCCGCAGUAAACAACAACAGACUCAUCCGCAGUAAACAACAGAUACAUCAGCAGUAAACAACAGACUCAUCAACAGUAAACAACAACAGACUCAUCAACAGUAAACAACAGAUCCAUCAGCAGUAAACAACAACAGACUCAUCAACAGUAAACAACAGAUCCAUCAGCAGUAAACAACAGAAUCAUCAGCAGUAAACAACAACAGACUCAUCCGCAGUAAACAACAACAGACUCAUCCGCAGUAAACAACAACAGACUCAUCCGCAGUAAACAACAACAGACUCAUCAGCAGUAAACAACAGACUCAUCAACAGUAAACAACAGAUCCAUCAGCAGUAAACAACAGACUCAUCAACAGUAAACAACAGACUCAUCAGCCGUAAACAACAACAGACUCAUCAGCCAUAAACAACAACAACCUUCUGACCACGCUCAGUCACCAGCAGUCUCUCUGGGAUCAAACAUCUCGAUGAACCAACGACGAUGUUUUCAACAAAAUGUUUUUUACAAAAUGAUUUUAACAAAAUGUUUUUUUGCCAGUUAAACAAUCUUUCAUGUUUUAUUUUGAAAGCAAGAGGAAGUGCUUGCCACCUGAUGAUUAUUCAAUAAACUGUUUCCAAUUAACCCUUAA